CUGGCCUUUGCCAGCUUUCUCUUCGUUUCCGUCUGGUGAUUCUCUCUUCAAUUAUGGAACCACAUCUGUGCACCUGCCAUGACCCACCUUCAUGUCAGUCCACAUCGUUAGCCUCCUUCCUUUUUGCAGUGAAAAGCCAUCCAGUUUUUUUUCGCACUUUUAGGCCAUCGGCUCCUGGUCUUGGCUCCGUGGAUAUUCUUUCUGGGAGUCUGGGAAAGGCAGACUGGUGUGAAAGGUUUUGGCGCAUAUAAUUGUAGAAAGUAGAGAACCAGCCUUCCUGUUUACUCUAGAUUUGCAGAGUUUUGGCGUCUAUAUCCAAUAUCCUUAAUUUGUGGGACUGUUCGAAUGCAAGGUGGGUGGAGUUAUCCUCCUCGAAUAGCUCGCGGGGGCAUCUAAAGAGGCUCAACUCUCUAAGCCACAGAAAUGGCCAUGGCACACACUGUGAAGGUGGUACUAGGCUCGGUUGCCUUUGGGAUCUUCUGGGUCCUAGCCGUUUUCCCUGCGGUACCCUUCCUUCCAAUUGGAAGGACUGCAGGAUCUCUUCUUGGUGCCAUGCUUAUGGUCACCUUCCGAGUGAUCACUCCGGAAGAAGCCUAUGCAGCUAUCGACCUCCCGAUCCUUGGCCUCCUCUUUGGCACCAUGGUCGUCUGCGUCUUUCUUGAAAGGGCCGAUAUGUUCAAGUACUUGGGUAAAUUGCUCUCAUGGAAGAGCAGAGGUGGCAAGGAUUUGCUCUGCCGCAUCUGUCUUGUUUCUGCUGUGUCCAGCGCUCUAUUCACCAAUGAUACUUGUUGUGUUGUCCUCACUGAAUUCAUCCUGAAGAUUGCAAGACAGAACAAUUUGCCGCCGCAGCCCUUCCUUUUAGCCCUGGCUUCUAGUGCUAAUAUCGGUUCUUCCACGACGCCGAUCGGUAACCCGCAGAACCUAGUUAUAGCUGUUCAAAGUGAGAUCUCUUUCGGGAAAUUCUUUUCUGGGCUUCUUCCUGCGAUGCUUGUGGGAAUAAUUGUGAAUGCUGCCAUUCUCUUAUGCUAUUACUGGAAGUUGUUGUCUGAUCAGAAGGAUGCGGAAGUGGUUCAAGCAGCCAAAGACGUGGUUGCUGAAGAGGAUGUCACCUCUCACCGUUUUUCGCCUGCGACUUUGUCACACCUUGCUUCUACUACUUCUCAGGAUUGGAGUUCUGCAAUUGAUUUUGUUAUAAACGGAGAUAUUGGGCAUGCCGAGAAUGACAUACAGUCAGCCGUAAGCGGCGGCGCUGAGUCUGCAAAGGUCUCAAAUGUAUCGAAGGAGGUGGCAGGGGUUGGUGGAAUUUCUCAAAGGAGAGAGGAAGGUGUGUCUGUGAGGAGAUAUGUGAGAAUUGGCAGCCGGAUGAAUGGUCUGAAAGAAGGGUUCUCUCACCAUUCUUUGGAGGAAAAGGAAAUUCCCAUGGAGAGGUGGCAGAGAUUGUUGUGGAAGAUAUGUGUCUAUAUUGUGACUAUUGGAAUGCUCAUUGCUCUUUUAAUGGGGCUAAACAUGUCGUGGAGUGCGAUUACUGCUGCUCUUGCUCUUGUUGUGCUGGAUUUUAAGGAUGCCUGCCCUUCUCUGGAGAAGGUUUCUUAUUCAUUAUUGAUAUUCUUUUGUGGGAUGUUCAUUACCGUCGAUGGAUUUAAUAAAACUGGCAUACCAAGUGCUCUGUGGGAUCUGAUGGAGCCAUACACACGGAUUGAUAGUGCUGGAGGGGUUGCAGUUCUUGCCUUCGUUAUCCUUGUUCUCUCAAAUGUUGCCUCUAAUGUACCUACUGUUCUGUUGCUUGGAGCUCGAGUGGCAGCAUCUUCAGCGCACAUCUCUCCAGCUGAAGAGACCAGGGCAUGGCUCAUAUUAGCAUGGGUGAGUACAGUUGCUGGGAAUCUAUCGCUACUGGGAUCAGCUGCAAACUUGAUAGUUUGUGAGCAAGCUCGGCGGGCUCAGUUUUUUGGUUACAACCUCUCAUUCUUGAGCCAUCUGCGUUUUGGGUUCCCUUCGACGCUCGUUGUCACAGCUGUUGGCUUGCUACUUAUUAGGAACUAAUGAUUGCACCUGGUGAAGGACCAUGUAGAUGGUGAAUCUCUUGUAUUUUACAAUAGCAUGUCAGUCCAUGGAAAGAGGCAAGAACUGGUAGCCAUUUUGGCACAUUUGGAGGUAACUAAUAGAAGGUAUGCUUGGUAGGUGAGGGGAUUGUAAAUAACUAAUAGGAGUUAUGCUUGAUAGGUGAGGAGAUUGUCAAUAAAAUAUGGUGGUCAUGUGAUGUUAUGUAGCAAGUUGCUCACCAUAUGGGAGAUUGCAAGGCAGACAGGACAGGCCGAGUGGAAGAAAAAAUAAAGGAGUGGAUGGGGAUGACCUGCAUGAUUUCAGAGCUCCAGUACCCUGCGAGAAACCUCAUUGACAAGCUUAUCAUGUAGCUCUAUAAUGUCAAGCUUAGUAUGCCUGUUGCAGCAAACCUUGUUCUUCAUGGCUAUUGACACCUGUUGCGCCAAGAUUCAGUAGUUGUUGUAGUAAUUUCAUCAAAGUAGAUAUAAUUUUGGUCUCGGUUUGUCAUUGUUAUGUAUCUUAUGGAGCAUACUGCUCUUCCAGGCUAGUGUGAUGGGAUAUAAUUCAUGUUCAUAUGCAACUUUCAGGGUGGUGAAAUGUAGUGAGCUCUAUAAUUCGGUGGA